AUGAAUAUGAUGAAUAAAGAGGAGCCUGGGAAGACUCCUAUGAAUGGAUUCAAAGAAGAAUCAGGAAACAAGAAGCAAAAUGAGUGCAAUAAUAUAAAUGGAAGGAAUAACAACAAAACAAUGAAAACUGAAUGCUAUGAAAAGAUCGGGCCAGCUUGUGCAACUGGCCUGGAGGAGGAUCUGAUUGUAAUUCCAGUCGGAAAAGAAAUCCAGGCUUUGUCUUUGACUCUUGAAGCUUGUGCUCGAAGUCUAGGCUGGGGAAGGUUGGGGACUGGGCCCGGGACCGUGAGUCGACCGAAUGUAGAGAGGUGUCCUAAGUCUCGUCCCACUCGCCACCUCCUCUUUCGAAACGCUUCGGAGUCUCCAAACAUGGAACUGCGGCGAAGCGCGAGGAAGGACAGAAACGCAAGAGCCAAGGAAGAAUCAAAGAAAACAGGGAGACAAAAUAAUGGGAAAGAACUAAACAAAAAACUGCAUCUUUCUGGUAAAAUACCUUUCCCUGAAGACUUGGACCUCUCAGUUAUUGGGAAGGUGAAUGAAACUGAGCAAGAUGAAGAAUUGGGUGAUUCCUUUGUUGCUCCUUUACAUAGUACUGCUCUGUAUUCGGAAAUGGAAGAAAUCUGCAGAUCUAGUGAGACGACAAUUCCUUCAGUUGAUUCUCCUCCACCUGGAAAAAAGGCCAGAAAAGGUGUGGAAGUGACUGAAAAUCACUCUGAGGAAGAAGAGGACUCUAUAAUAGGGAGAAGGAAAAAGAUGCGAAGAAAAUCCAAAUCAAGAAUUAAUGAUACCACAUUGGAAAGUGUUUCAGACAGAGUGACAUCUAUGGUAAAGAGUAUGAAAAAACAGAAAGUUAAAAUUUCCCCAACUGUGUAUUCUGCAAGCCUUUCAGAGAAACCUGUGGAAUCAGUGUCAUCUGAUGAACUCAUUUGUGUUGCUAAGAGAGCCUCACUUACCACUGAGAAGGAAAAGACACCUCCUAGAACAAGACGGAGCCCUCAUGGAAAGAGGGAGAAAUCUCAAAGUGGACCAUUAAACUCAGGUAAGAAGAAAAGGUCUACCAGAGAUCUCAGAAAGCCAGAGGUUGUUUUAUCAGCAUUUGAGGAAAUUCUGGUAGAGUACAAGCAGCAAGUGUCAUCUAGAGUGUGUCAGAGAGCAAUCGACCGGUUUUAUUCGGUUUUUAAGGAACAGCUUAUUAAAAUGCUCACGGAAGUCCAGAGACUGAAAAACUUGAAGCGGGAGAACGCCAGGGUGAUGACAGACGCCAAUAAGAAAAGGAAGUGUCUGUUUGAAGCCCAAGAGCAGCACAUCAGUGCUGAACCCCAGCUGAAGCUUCUUCAGAGGAAGUACGAGGAACUGAAGCACCGAAGAUCUGCCCUCAGGGAAGCCACGUGGUUUCUGUCCAAUUUGCAGCACCUUCAUGACGAUUAUGCAGCUCUUGUGAGGGGCGCCCCCGCACAGAGGGAACAGUACGAUAUAUGCAGCCUGCCAGCUCUGCUGCUGGAAGCCAGAGGCAUCGCAGGAGCAGCACAACACCUGAGAAACAUCAACGACCACCUUCAACAGCUCGUUGAUCACAAAUGAGAAAGAACUUGCCUCAUGUCGACCUCGGAAUACUUUUUCUGGAGAUGAGUGACUUUCUGUAUUUAACUUAUGAAAUUGUCCUCAAGAUCUGUCAUUAUUUUUUGAAUGUGCUUUAGAGCAGUGCCCUGUUGGUAAAGGUCUGUGGUUUUGUAAAAAGAUGAGUAAAAAGCACACGUUACCUUUCAGAUGUCCAGGAUCUACUUGAGUUAAACACACUUGCUGGUAAGUUUUCUUGGAUGCAUGUGUGUGUUGUUUGAAAGCACAUUGAUGUGUGAGAGGAUUUUCUCAAUUGGAUUUUAUUUGUGAAUGAUAGUAAUUUUGCAGUGCCACCAAUCAGCAAAAUUAGAUUAGAUAAUGUGCUUCAUAGAACAAUGUCAUUGCUAGUUAUUUUGCCUGGCUAGAUAUUAAAUAUCUUAAGAGCUAUAGUUUUGAUUUUGUUUAGCAGUAGGGGGUCUCAAAUUUUAAGUUUCUGAAUGAAAAUUUCUUUUAGAGGAUAAAUUUUGUUUUGAUAUAAUAAAAUGACUUGCCAAAAAUAUACUUCCCUAAGCCAUAGUAUUUUUUUCUUAAUUCUUAAGAAGGGGAGGGAAAGGACAGCUAGAUGUCUCAGUGGAUAGAGAUACAGACCCAAAGUCAAGAGGAUUUGGGUUCAAAUGUGACCUCAGUCACCAACUAGCUGUCUGUGACCCUUUUAAUGGGAUUACCACUCUUCUGCCUUGGAACUGAUAUAUAUAUAUAUAUUAAUUAUUGAUUCUAGGGUAGAAGGUACAAGUUUUAAAAAAAUGGGAGGGGCAUAUAGCAUAGAUAACAUUUUGCUGAUGUGCUUUCAAUCUCUCCCCGACCCCUUUUUUUUUUAACCAUAAAAUUUUCCCCCUUAUUCUGUUAUCUUUUUGUCUUUGUAUCAUAUAUGAACUUUCAAAUAUAUAUUCGUUUCUUCCAACACAGAAAGACUUCCAUUUUACUUUUAAAAAGUUAGUUCUACAAAAUCAACAGCCCAACUUUCUCUGAAAAUACAGUGAUAUUCUACAAAUGUCCCAUUUCUGCGAAAAUGGAAGGGGGUAUGUUUUCUCUAUUCCAGCGCAGUUUUGGUCUUAAAACUACAGUGGUUUGUUUGGGUUCUCAUUGUGUGUAUUGUUUUCCUGGUUUGCCUUAUUUCCGUCAUUUCUUCAUACCAAUUUAGGAAUCCUUUAUAUUUGUUGUUUUCUAAUAAAAUAAUAUCCCAUUAUAUC